AUGGAGCACCUCGCGCGCGACCCGGCUCCUCGAACUCGGGUGUACCACCUGAUGGCGGAAGGGAUGUCGUUCAAGGUCACGGUCGCUCUCCGUGCAAGAAGGGUGGAGAAGUGGAUCCGCGUCGUGAAGAGGGACUAUCUCGGCAACACACCAAUCAAGUGCGUCGGCUUAGAUUGCGAGUUCACCAACACUCGCGAGGGUGAUCAGCGCGCCGCCGCCCUUCAGCUCUCGGUGCCGUCCGAGAAUUUGGUAUUCCAGAUUUGCCAUGCUGAUGAAGUGCCACAAGUUCUCAGGGAGUUCUUGCAGGACGGGAACAUCAGAUUCUGCGGCGCGGCUAUCGGCAAGGAUGUGGAGAUGCUGAGUCCGUACGGUAUUCAUAUUACUUCUGCGUACGACCUCCAGAAGAUACUCCCGAAUCCCAAAUAA